UUAACUUUCCUUUAAACAUGUAGACCGGCUGUUGUUUUGCUUAUUCCAGAACUGUUAAUGUUUCUACAGGCGUUUGCGUUAAAAUUGUUUGAAAGAAAAGAUAUUAAAGUUAUAAAAAAUAUAUUUUUAAGAAUUUUCUGUGUAAUUAAUGUAAAUUUUUUUCUGUCGGUGGGUUAGCUUUGCAAAAUUUAUUAUAUGAAUUCUGUUUGUAUUCUAAGCCUAACAUACCAUUAUUUCAGCGUGCCAACGUGGUGUGACACUUGGAAGCACACAGCAGUUGGUGAACUUAAAUGAAGGAAUUUUCUACUUUACUUAAAUUGGACUGAAGAUUUUGAAAGUUGCUUUCUAAAGUUUUGAGAAGGACAAUCAGAUCCAUUAUUUUUAAAUUUUUUAUAAUUAUUAGGUAUUUUAUAAAUUUUUGCGUCAUAACUUCUCAUUAUGUCAUCGACUGGAUAUACCGUAGAAGAAUCUAGUGCUGAUAGGAAUGUUGAAAUAUGGAAAAUUAAGAAACUAAUUAAAAGUUUAGAAGCAGCCAGAGGGAAUGGAACAAGUAUGAUAUCCCUUAUAAUUCCACCUAAAGAUCAAAUUUCUAGAGUGUCAAAAAUGUUAGCUGAUGAAUUUGGUACAGCUUCUAAUAUAAAAAGUAGAGUAAAUAGGUUAUCUGUGUUGGGAGCUAUCACAUCUGUACAACAUAGAUUAAAAUUGUAUACAAAAGUACCUCCUAAUGGGCUUGUUAUUUAUUGUGGAACAAUUGUCACAGAAGAAGGAAAAGAAAAGAAAGUUAAUAUAGAUUUUGAACCAUUUAAACCAAUUAAUACUUCUCUGUACCUAUGUGACAACAAAUUCCACACUGAGGCCUUGUCUGCAUUGUUGGCUGAUGAUAAUAAAUUUGGGUUUAUUGUCAUGGACGGCAAUGGAGCAUUAUUUGGCACCUUGCAAGGUAAUACAAGAGAAGUACUCCACAAAUUUACUGUAGACUUGCCAAAAAAGCACGGUCGUGGUGGUCAAUCUGCAUUACGUUUUGCUCGUCUUAGAAUGGAAAAAAGACAUAAUUAUGUUAGAAAGGUCGCUGAAGUAGCCACACAACUUUUCAUUACAAAUGAUAAACCUAAUAUUGCAGGAUUAAUUUUAGCUGGUUCUGCAGAUUUCAAAACUGAACUUAGUCAAUCUGAUAUGUUUGAUCCUCGAUUGCAAGUUAAAGUAUUAAAAUUGGUUGAUGUUUCCUAUGGAGGAGAAAAUGGUUUCAAUCAAGCUAUAGAAUUAUCUGCUGAAGUCCUUUCUAACGUUAAAUUCAUUCAAGAAAAAAAGCUUAUUGGAAGAUAUUUUGAUGAAAUUUCACAAGAUACUGGAAAGUAUUGUUUUGGUGUUGAUGAUACUUUGAAAGCUCUAGAGAUGGGUUCAGUUGAAAUUUUAAUUGCGUGGGAAAACUUAGAUAUUGUACGCUAUGUACUCAAAAAUCAUGCAACUGAUGAAGAGAAAGUACUUCAUCUUACUCCAGAACAAGAAAAGGACAAAACUCAUUUCACAGACAGAGAUACAGGUGUUGAAUUAGAACUUGUGGAUUCAGUGCCUCUUUUAGAAUGGUUAGCCAAUAAUUAUAAAAGUUUUGGAGCAACACUUGAAAUUAUUACUGAUAGAUCUCAGGAAGGAUCACAAUUUGUGAAAGGAUUUGGUGGAAUUGGAGGUAUUCUACGGUACAGAGUUGACUUCCAGAGUCUUGAGGUUACUGAUGGAUUAGAUGAUUUUGAUCUAGAUGAUUUAUAAAUUUUUUAUACUGGGUGCUAAGACUGUGCAUCAUUUAUGCAAGAUGAAUGCUGCUCUGUUCAACUUAUCAUUCAUAUCUGAAUUUGUUGGAACAAUAACUUUUGACCAAUUUUUGUACUGAGACUUUACAUAAUUCCUUUUGGUUUAUGGUAUUAAUAUUUAUAAAUUCUCAUUCUGUUUUGUUAUAGAUUUUGGGAAAAGCUAUAAAAAAAAUUUAAAAUUUUAAUAAACUCUAAAUUUUUGAAUAUCAUAUUCAUCUUGUAAGUUUUUAUUUUGCCGUUUUUAUAUUUUGAAACUUUAGUGCAUGAAUUACAACAAUGCUGGUAAAACGGGCAUGCAACAUCUAAGCUCAAAUUUGAAAUAAACAAUGCCUAAGUAACAUUUACUUGUUUUUGCCUUCUUUAUUUUAAUCUCAAGAUGUAUUUUCAUUAUUUGGAGGGGGGAAUUAUUUUUAAAAUAAAGCUAAAAUAUUUUGAUCUGUUGAUUUUUGUGUUGUCAUAUAUUUAAAUAGUGUUAAAAAUGAAUUAAAUUUGAUCAAAUGAAAGAAAAAUUAGAAGAAUAAUAUGCCAUCGAAACAGCGUUGAUUUAUUUUGUUUACCUUAAACUUUUUUCCACAAUUUAAAUUAGUUUGUUUCAGGUUUGGUUAACUGUUAUAUAUUUUUUUUUUUAUCGGCUUAGUAAAAAGAAUAAAAAUCUGGAUCAGAAGUGAAUUGUUCAAACUAUAACUGUUCAUUUCACUUUUGAUGUGCAUUUUGCACAUAAAAAUUUUGUAAUAUUUUCAUUUCACAACCACGAAUUUCAUGUCAUGGUCAUGAAAAGUGUUUGAUUCUGUGAGUCACUAUUUUACAUUGAUCAUACUUGAGAUAAUUUGUGAUAUUUCAGCAGUUUUCUUUUAAGUUUUUUAGGCUGUUAUAGAACAUAACUCUUAAUUUUUCAUAAGUUUUCUUUGAAAGAAUGAGCUUGUUGUGUUUUUGAAAAAUUUUAUUUGUAUAUGUUAGCACUUAUUAAAUGACACUGUUAUCAAUUCAAUUUCGACAAAUUGAUUGUUUCUAUUUAGUUUAAAGGGCUGUGCUGACUAAUAAACAAAUGUGUAGUGGUUUGACUUAUAUCAAUAUGCAUAAAAAAAUAAUCUCAAUUAAAAUUAUUUUACAACAUUCCACUAUUAAAAUCAAGCAUAUUCAUCUCAAUAAUGAAGCAUGUUAAUGUUUCUUUUUCUUCAAAAUCAUAAGUGCUCAACAAAAAAAUGAAUUUUCUGAAAUUUAUUUUAAAAAAAUAGUUAAUAAAUUUUAAACUAUAUAAUCAAAUAACCAUAAAAAAUAUCUAUAGAUUGCUUAUUUGAUAUUGUAUUCAAAAUUUUUGCUCAAUUUUAGUAUUUAUUUAUCUGUAAAUUUGCGAGUAGUUUAUGAAAAUUUUGUCUGACAAAAGUACUUCAAUAUAGUUAUGCUUAAAUAAUUGUUUUGUUAUAAAAAUUUAUUACUCAACUGUUCCUGUUGUAUGGAAAUGUUCCAGGCUGAUUUGUGACUAAAUUCUUUAAAUAUUGUCUAAUAUUUUCAAUACUUUGUUUUGCCUAUCUUCUUUCUAGAUUCAUAAUCUAGUAGUCUACUUCCUAAUUUCAAAAAUACUUCCGGCAUUUUCUUUAUAUUAAAGUUAAGUUUUGUAAAAUAUUCGUGGAAAAGGUAUCUUUUGUAGUGACAAUAAGACUAAUUUAUUAUAAGAAACACUUAUUGUCAGUGCUAAAUUUAUACUUACAGCAAAAAUAUUUAUUAACACUUGUCAUCAGUUAUUUAUUUAAGUGUCACUUAAACUUUGUUUCGACUUAUAGUUUCUGAUGAAGUAAAGGCUAUUGACUUAAUAUAUGAACUCAACUAAAUUUAUCGACAUAUUUAAUUUUUUUACAAAAAUUAAAAAUAGAUUAGAAAAUUGGCUAUAGAAGAUAGAUAUAAAUUUAAAGAAGUAUGAAAUUUAACUGUUCAAGAUUGCUUAUUAAAUUACAUUUUCCUAUAAAACUAAUAAAUUGUAUGAUGUAUUUUAUUUAUCUGCAUUUUUACCUAUGUAAUAAAGACUAAAUAUAUGCAAUAAAAAGCUAUAUAUUUUUAAUAUUGAAA